AUGUCAACAAACAACAGUUAUCCCCUUAACAUCGACGAUAAAAUUUCAAUUCCUGAUGAAUCAACAGCGUCACUUAUUAAAAUCGAUCCACCAUCAAAUAAACGUGCAUCAAUGGCAUCAAAAGAUGCGAUACAAGACCACAUUCGUGUUGUAUUAGGUUGCGGAUGCAAUAUAUUAUCAUCAAUUGGUAUUAUAUUUCUUAAUAAAUAUAUUUUUUCUCAUUGCCAAAUCAAAACAAUGACACUAACUGCUAUACAAAUGGCAUUCACAUCAUUCGGUUUAAUUAUAUGUUUACAAAUGAAUACAUUCGUACGUAAAUCCGUAUCAAUAAUCAAAGUUUUACCACUAUCAAUUUCAUUCUGUGCCUUUGUUGUAUUCACAAAUUUAUCAUUAGAACAUAAUACAAUAGGAACAUAUCAAUUAUUUAAAGUUUUAACUACGCCCGUAGUUGCCCUUAUAUCAUGGCAAUACUAUAAAGUAGAAUAUUCUCGUAUGGUUAUUGCUACAUUAGUACCAGUUGUUGUCGGCGUAUGUACACAUUCUGUUAACGAUAUUAAAUUAACUAUAAUUGGUACAGUCAUAGCAACGAUCGGUGUUAUGUCUGCAUCACUUUAUCAAGUUUGGGUUGGUGCACGUUUAAAAGAUUUAGAAAUGAAUUCUCAACAAUUACUUUAUUAUCAAGCACCAUUAUCAGCAGUAAUCCUUGUACCAUUUAUAGCUGUUAUGGAAAGUUUUCCAUCAUAUGCAACAAGUGAAGAACAACGAACGGCACUCAUGGCUGUUGUAGCUUCGGGUAUUAUUGCAUUUGCUGUUAACCUAUCAAUUUAUUGGGUUAUUAAAAAUACAUCUGCAUUGACGUAUAACAUGAUCGGUCAUUUAAAAACAAUAUCAAUUCUUGUUGGUGGUUUUCUUCUAUUUCAAGAUACACUUAACUAUAAGCAAUUUUUUGGUAUUUUACUUACAAUAUUCGGUUUAUUUUCGUAUACAUUCGUUCGAAUGGGCGAACAAAAUCAAUUGCCAUGCGCUCGCUGGAAUGCGAAUCCAUCAAGCAAUAUUGUUUGA